GUCACGAGCUGCUAACUCCACACCGCACCUCAGCCAGCUGCAGCUUAAGCUCAGUGAGGGUUGCACUGACAAAAAUGCAAGGCCUGGCGGCAUCUUGCAAGAUCGUGCUUGUGAUGUUUCUGCUCGGCUUAGGCUUGGCAGGAGCAACCGCCGACAGCCGGAGGAGGGUCGUGUCCAGCAGCCCCGACGAGCCGUGCAAGAAGAUGACGCUCUACCUCCACGACAUCCUCUACAACGGUGUCAACAACACCGCCAACGCGACGGCGGCGCCGGUGACCAAGCCGACGGACCUGAGCACGUCGCACUGGAGCAACGGCACCUUCUUUGGCAUGCUGGUGGUGUUCGACGACCUGGUCACGGAGGGUACGGCGCUGCCGGUCGGCGACGAGGAGCCGGCGGCGCGCGCGCAGGGCUUCUACUUCUACGACAAGAAGGAGUCGUACAACGCGUGGUUCACCUUCUCCCUCGUGUUCGACUCCAAGGCGUACAAGGGCACCCUCAACCUCAUGGGCGCCGACCUCAUGGACGACGAGACGCGCGACCUCUCCAUCGUCGGCGGUACCGGCGACUUCUUCAUGGCGCGUGGCAUCGCGACGAUUCGCACGGACGCCACUGAGGGCUACUUCUACUUCCGCCUCAAGAUGGACAUCAAGCUCUAUGAGUGCUACGUCUGAUGAUCUGACAGGUUAUCAAGAAUUCAAGAUGGUCAUAACACGCACGUACGCGUGUACCUAUCAGUAUUGAAGGGUGAUGUGCCGUUGUUGUUUUUGCUUGCGUGAUGAGUUGCAUGCAUGGGCAUGUGGAUUGUGUGUCAUUCGUGUAUGUUGUAUGCCCAUAAGAGUUUUAAUUGUAUAGUGCUUUU